CGGGCGGAUAUUUACAUUCCGGGUCAGAGGGCAACCGGCGGCUCUUCCACUUCCGGGGCGGGGCUGGCGCGCGGAGUGUCUCCUCCCCCCCACCCUGGCCUGCCCGAGCAGCAGAGGCGGCAGUGGAGGCGGCACCGGCAGGAUGAGCGGAUCACAGAGUAAUGAUACCAAAAGACAGUUUCUACUAGAACGGCUACUGGAUGCGGUUAAACAGUGCCAAAUCCGCUUUGGAGGGAGAAAAGAAAUAGCGUCAGAUUCUGAUAGCAGAGUGACUUGUCUGUGUGCCCAGUUUGAAUCUGUGUUACAGCAUGGCUUGAAGAGGAGUCGUGGAUUAGCAUUAACUGCGGCAGCAAUCAAACAGGCAGCAGGAUUCUCUAGCAAGACAGAGACAGAACCUGUGUUCUGGUACUACGUGAAGGAAGUCCUAAAUAAGCAUGAACUACAACGCUUCUACUCCCUGAGAAACAUCAGCACAGAUGUGGGAAGAGGGCGAGCUUGGCUGCGUUGUGCCCUCAACGAACACUCCUUGGAGCGCUACAUCCACAUGCUUUUGGCAGACAAAAUUAGACUGAGCAUUUUCUAUGAAGAUUGGGCCUUUGUGAUGGAUGAAGAACGGUCUAGUAUGCUCCCUACCAUGGCAGCUGGUCUGAAUUCUAUACUCUUUGCAAUCAAUAUUGACAACAAGGACCUGAAUGGGCAGAAUAAGUACACACCAACUGUCUCAGACCUCCUAAAGGAGUCUACUCAAAAUAUGACCUCCUUGCUAAAGGAAUCCACUCAAGGUGUCAGCAGCCUUCUUCGAGAGAUCACAGCAUCUUCUGCUGUCUCCAUCCUAAUCAAACCAGACCAGGAAUCUGACCCUUUACCAGUUGUAUCUAGAAAUGUCAAUACUGAUUCAAAAUAUAAAAAGGAUAGAAAAAAGAAAAAGAAGGUGACUAAUAUAAUUUCAUUUGAUGAUGAGGAAGAUGAGCAAAACUUUGGGGAUGUUUUAAAAAAGACAGGUGGAACAGGAGAAAGUUCAGAAGAGAAUUCAGAUCGAUCUUCAGUUAAUAUCAUAUCUACUUUUGAAAGUCCCUUUGGGCCAAAUUCUAACGGAAGCCAGAGUAGCAACUCCUGGAAAAUUGAUUCUAUGUCUUGUAAUGGGGAAUAUGGAUACCAGAAGCUGGACGUGAAGAGCAUUGAUGAUGAAGAUAUUGAUGAAAAUGAAGAUGAAGUUUAUGGAAAACUACUUGGGCAAAAAAGCAUGGAAGAUCACACAGAAGUUUCUGAGAAGCCCCUGGAUGGUAACACCUGUCUUUCACAAAUGCACAGCUGGGCCCCCUUGCAGGUGCUUCAUGGUGAUUCUGAUGUUCUUUUUCCUCUCAGUGGAGUGGGAUCUUAUUCCCCAGCAGAUGCCGCCUUAAAUAAUCUGGAAAAUGGCAAUGGACCCCAGAGCAACAUUCUCACUGGGCCUGAACAUCAAUAUAGUGUAGAAGCCAGUCCUCCAGUCCAAGGAAGUCCCUUAAGCAGCCUCUUGUCUACCACACCUGUGCCAGAAUCAAUGACAAUUAGUGAACUGCGUCAAGCUAUUGUGGCUAUGAUGAAUAGAAAGGAUGAAUUGGAAGAAGAAAACAGAUCAUUACGGAACCUGCUUGAUGGAGAGAUGGAACAUUCUGCAGUGCUCAGGCAAGAAAUUGACAACUUGAAACGAAAAGUAUCUGAACAGGAAGAACGACAUGUAGCAAAGAUACAGGCAUUGGCAAGAGAAAAUGAAGUGCUGAAAGUACAACUGAAGAAGUAUGUAGGAGCUGUCCAGAUGUUGAAAAGAGAAGGACAAACCACUGAAGUUGUGCCAAAUCUUUGGAACAUUGAUGGAGAAGUUACAGUCCCUGAGCAAAAACCAGUAGAAGUCAAUGAGGAACUAGCAAGCUCCUAUGAAAGAAAGCUCAUAGAGGUGGCAGAAAUGCAUGGAGAACUUAUCGAAUUCAACGAGCGACUUCACCGAGCUCUGAUUGCUAAGGAAGCUCUUGUAUCCCAAAUGAGACAGGAACUCAUUGAUCUUCGAGGACCAGUGCCUGGAGAUUUGAGUCAAACUUCUGAAGACCAAAGUUUGUCAGAUUUUGAAAUAUCAAACCGAGCUCUGAUAAAUGUCUGGAUUCCCUCUGUUUUUCUUCGAGGGAAGGCUGCUAAUGCAUUCCAUGUAUAUCAGGUCUAUAUCAGGAUAAAGGAUGAUGAAUGGAAUGUAUAUAGAAGAUAUGCAGAAUUCAGGAGUUUGCAUCACAAAUUACAGAACAAAUAUCCUCAAGUGAGAGCCUACAGUUUUCCUCCUAAAAAGGCCAUUGGAAAUAAGGAUGCCAAGUUUGUAGAGGAGAGACGAAAACAAUUGCAGAAUUACUUGAGAAAUGUUAUGAACAAAAUAAUUCAGGCUGUCCCUGAGUUUGCAGCCAAUCCCAAAAAAGAGACUCUUAUUCAGUUGAUGCCGUUUUUCAUCAGCAAUACAGAAGAAACAAGAAUAAUGACUCCCAUCCUGGGCCUAAGUGACAUUACACCUCCUGGAGAACAAGUGAGCAAAAACAGUCGGACCAGAGUGGCUUCACGCUUCCCUAAGUUAUCCCGAAAUCAUCCAAGAGAGCCCCGCAAUGUGGAACCACAGAGUGGUGACCUCUGAUCCUUUUGUAGGCUCCCAGAUGCUGGUGCUGUGUACUUUUCAAACUGGCCCAGUGCUUCUGACCUGUCUGAGGCAGCUGGCUCCUUAGCCUCAGAGGAAAAAUCAGUCAUGCUACAUUAAUCCUGGAAAAAGGACACCAUCCACACAGUGGUUUCUCACUCUAAUUAAAUAGGUCACCCAGAAGGCAGCAUGUGCUCAUUGUCCUAAAGAAAAAGGUUCCUCACCUGGAGAUGCAGUAGCAUUGUAACUGAUUUCCCCUUGACUGCUGCCUAUUUGCAUUCAAAUUUUCCCAGCUGUGCCUGUCCCAGGCAGUCUGAAAUUCACUGCCCUUGGCUUCUUGCAGGAGAUACAUGAUGCAGCAGGUGGGAGGUGCAGGGAGCACCAGGUCAAGAGACCAGAUGCUUUUGUUUCUGAGGUGCACAACUGAGAUUUUUUUCACUUUGUCAGAAAGCUAUGAUUGAAAACAACCUUUGACUUUUUUCCUUUGGGGAGAAAUAGGAUGACUGUUAUUUUGUUUUUUCUAUGUAACUACUACUACCCAUAGUCUCCUUGCUAUCAUUUGGGGGCUCUCUGUGUAUGUUAAAAAUACAUCAAGCAGAAUAGUACAAGUGACCCAAAUAGCUUUUUCCAGGCAUCUCUUUUCUAAUGGUAUAUUUCUUAUGACUCCUUUGGGGAAGAGCCUAGUAAGUCCAAGAUUUUGUUGGCUUUUUAUUUUUAAAAUAAUUCCUUUGUUUUUGCCACAGAUUGGGGAACAGCCCUAAAUAUAGGUCUUUCCCCAAAUAAGACUGAACAGUUUAAUAAGAAAGUUAAUACUAAGGUAAUCCAACCUUGAAUGGAGUUCUGAGCCUUUUGUUGGGUCCCAUGACAGGUUGUCAACUUGGCUGUUACAGAAAUCCUCUAUAGCAUUAAAACUGAAGCCUUUUUAGGUAUUCUUUUGUCAUUCAACAUAUGAGAUAGGUUAGAAAUGGCAAAAAGACUCGAUUUUUGUAGAAAAAAUAUAUCUUGUGCCUUAGGAUAACUCAGAGGCUGAAAAAAUCAGUUAGGGGUUGAGUUCUUAGGCUUCCAUACCGUACUGCUCAUCUCACUGGCUAUUUAGGACCUAAAUAUUUUUGGCCCUCAUUAUUAAUCUUUCUCCCCUCUCCACAAAAUCAUGGUUUGUUUUUUUCCCCUCUUUUUCUAAAUGUAGGUGUUUUUGGUAGAUUUUCCCCUGCCAUAUUUUCAUUUGGAGACCCUCCCUUGUUUUCCCAUCAUUGAAAACACAUUUGGUUUUGAUAUCAGAUUAGGGAAAGGGAACAUUAACUCCAAAGUGGUAUCAUCUACCUGAAACUUGGGAAAAAAGAUAAGAAUUUCAUAUAUGGCCUCAACAGUUAGGGAAAAAGGACCAAAAACAAAAAAAAUGUAACCUCCAUCAACCAAAUAUAACUUUAUUUUCAUGGUGCUCUGUACUUAAAUGAGACAGUCUUAUAAUGCUGUGAGUCAAUAUGAUGCCAAAAUAUACAAAGAAUAAAUCAAUACAUCCUAAACAAAAUCAUGUGAUGAUCCUCCCAUUAUCCUCCAUAGCCAUGGAGAUCAGUUUUAAGCUGGAAGCUUCAGAAAUUAAAGCUGGUCCAGAAGUACAGAAUGGGCUGGAAAGCGGAUUUGUGAAGAAAGGUGAAUGAGUUUGUGGUUCUGAGAUAGAAGACACCAACAGGAAGUGUCAUAAUCAUGUAAAAAUAUGGGAAUGGUAAUUAUUAAAAGACUAGCACUGCCCUCAGUCUGCAGACAAUUUGAAAUAUAAUCAGUCAGUAAACUUUUAUUAAGCGUCUAGUAUGUGUCAGGAGGCAAGAUUUAGGAGAAAUCUCCAUCUGUUAAAAGAAGUUCUUUCUUUGUGUCACUACCAGGUAUUUCCCAAGGGAUAGUUAAGGCGUCUUUCUUCUGUAACUUAAAAAAAAAAAAUAAGUCACUGGGGAUAUUUUGAUAGUUCCAGAACCCUCCGUUCAAGUGAUUCACACUAGGUUAAAUUGUAGAGAAGAAAUUAAAACUUAGAUUUAAUUAAUAGAUCAAAACAACAACUCCAAAAACCCAGGUACCAAUAGAUCACCUUAUUGUUGGCUUUCUGGGAUUUUAGAAUGUGUCAAGAACAGACAGAAUGUAAGGGAAGGGGGCAAUGCUGGGGGAGCAAUAGGAGAGAGACAGACAGAGACAGAGUGCUCAAGCCCUACCCUUAAAACAAAAUAUUUUAGUUCCUCACCAAAUUAUCUUCCCAAAUGAAAGGCAAUCAAUAUGCAUAGUCCAUCAUAGCAGGAGAACCCCAGGGGCCAUUUAUCAGGAACAUAGAAUUACCAGUCAUAGGAACAUUUGUCUUUAGUACUCCAUGGAAGAUUGCUUUGAACAUCUAGGGUCAAACAUAUCUGUAAGUUACAUAAACAGAGAUAGUUUAAAAGCCAAAGUGACCCUGUAUUUCUGUUUGAUCCUGUAUCUUGUUUUUAGUUUAUUAUAUAUUGGUUAUUUUGAAGGUUUUCUUGUUAACAAUUUGAUGGCUCUGUUCACAAACCCCACUUUGAAGUGGUAAAGAAUAACAUCUCAGAAAAAGCCAGGUGCCAACAGGAAGGAUCAUUUUAAAUAUCUGUGGGCAGCUCCCAUAUCUUGUUAGGUAGAGAAAAUAUUUUAUCUCUAGUGGUUAAGAUACAUAUAAAAAUCCAAAUGUUGAUUGACAAGCCUUUUUUCCCCUUAUUUUUGGGGGAGUGGUUGACUUAAAAUUUGCUUACAGUGUAAAUCUGUGUUCAUCUUCAAACAUCUCAACAUAAUUCUCCCCCACUAAAAAAAUCUGCCCAUCAUCAAGGAGCCAAGGCAGACAAAUGCUAAACAGGGAAAGAAUUACGCACAUUGUCCAUAUUUUUGAAACCACUGUUCUUUUUUAGCUUCAAUCUUCACUGGAUGAUUUUUUUUUCUACUUUUCCCAUAUUUAGAUUAAAAAAAAAAUCAUUCAGUUGAUGACCCAGAGGAAAACAUUAGGGUUCCAAACUGCACUUGUUCCGCUUAUUAGCAUCCAACUCUCUGUUUCAAGAUUAUGCAGAAAUUCUGGAAUUAUCUUUAAUGUACAGAUCGUCUUCUGCUAAUUUUAGCUCAAAGGAACACAUGACACAAAAAUUACAGCAACUACAGACAGCCUUAACUUUGGAAUCAUGUAUAAUUCACUGCAAUUAUCAAUCCACUUAACACUUCAGAAUUUUCUCACCCAUUGCCUCAUAUGAGGUUUGGUGAAUUGUAAGAAAAUGAGGCAAAUAGGAAACAAAUCAAUAGAUUUCUUUAGAAACAGAGCUAAAAUAUAAGUUUAUGCAUACUGUUCACAGAUCAUAAGAAUGCUAAUGGCACUUUUGAACCUAAGAUCAUAAAGCUCUGUGUCCUUCCCUCCCCUGAAUACAGCCCUAAUAUUAGAUCCAAUAGGUUCACUCAUAUCUUCUUUCUCUGAUGUUGUGGUCUGUAUUGUAAGUAGCUGAUAAUGAUGGAUGGAAGGAAGAAAGGAAGAGAGACAGAAAGAAAAAGAGGGAGGGAAGUAGAGAGGAAGGAAUGAAGGAAGGAAGAAAAAAAGGAAGGAAAGAAGAAAGGAAGAGUUUAGAAAAGUGUUGACCAGUUCUGGAGAAUUAAUAUUCUUUUUGCUCUCCACUGAUCCACAUGAUCAUAUCUAAUCUAGUGGACAGAUGGAUAAAAUCACUCCAAGAAUAUUUUAAAUUUUGCUUUGUCAAAAUCUAUAAAACAUACAGGCCAUUUAGAGUAUCAACUCUUUUAACUCAGGGAAGAAGGUGGGAGAGAAAAUAAUGCUUGUUAAUUGAAAAAGAAAAAAGGUUUUUUUUUUUAAAGGACGAUUUCCCAUUUCAGUUCUCCUGGCCCUUCAAAAGGCAGCCAUCUUUACAAGUCUUUGUUCAAGUACAAUAGAGAUGAAAAACUACUAAUUGUAUAAGGAUUGUUAUAGGCAGCCUUAGCCAAGCAUCCAGUUGACUUUUUAAGAACAAGUUCCCUUUUGAAAAGGAUGUUGUCUCCGUUAUUUAAGUUAGAAAUAUACCCAAAAGAGAUAAUUAAAGGUAUUUCCUUGGCUCUGACUACCUUGGACUCAAUAGAAAGAUUAUGGACUCUUCAAGAUUAGUCUUCUAGUGUAUUGAUCUUUAAUUCAAAAGAAUUCAAGACUUUAUGGAAAAAAAUCUCAAUACUAUGUUGAAAAGCAUAUUUUAUUCAUUCUCAAUAAGGAAAAUAUGGUUUAGGGGUUGUUUUAUUUAGUGAAAUCAAGGUCUGUUAUUGUCAAUCUUAUUGGAUAUUCACUUAAUUGAACAAGCUAUGUAGCACAGCAUAACUGAACCUAUGUAGCUGAAAUUAUCAAUACUAUUAUCAUCAAUACUAACAGGCAUCCUUGGCCACAGUUUCUAAGAGUAUCAUCUAUGGGGAGAUGAUUCUAAUUGUCAUUGCCAAGCACAUAUUCUCUUCAUGAAUAUAAAACAAGUCUACUAUUUAGGGAAACACACACACAUACAUAUAAAAUAGUACCACCUUGGUCUACAAUAAGAUAAUAAAUUAGUAAAGAAAGUUAUUAAAGUUACUAAGUAAUUUCUAUGUUAUCACAUAGCUUGACAAUAACUAGACCAGUGAAAUUUAGGUUUUUAUUUACACAAAAGAUUGUCAGAACAUGUUGUAAACAAAUUAUAUGGUCUUAUACAAUCUAAUGAAAGCCGCAAAUCAGGAAGAGCGAAUUAAUAUUGGCAAGUAUUUAGAAGUCAUGAUUAUAGGAAGCUUGGCACAAUUCCAUAGACUGCAACUUUAUUCAAAUGAAUUCUUAUCCAUGGCCAAUUAUAGCAUUAGAGCAAAUUUUACUUGGAGAGGGAGGGCUUUGUCUCACUUCUUAUAAAUUAAUCUUAGUUGGUUUACACAGGUCAAAUUUGUAAAUAGGCUAUUAUUAUGAUUCAGAAGGAGCCAUAGUUAGUUACCUGGCGUUGGGACAAGAGUGAAUACUAUGGACACAGAUGGAUAUUCACUAACAAAACUGAAUGAAAAAAAAAUUCCUUCUUGAAAAGUCUCAUUUCUUUACACAGAUGACCAUGUGCAAAGCAAAAGAGAGACCUGGGGGCUAAUCACAGAGAGGCCUAAAAAUUCAUGUAUGUUACCUUUGAACUUUGGUAGGACUGAGUUCUGUAAUCAUCUUCAAGUUAUCGAUGAAAGAUAAAGGCUAGUCUUAACUAGUUAGUCCCAGGCUUGUCCCAUGUUGCUUUUCACCCUAUCAUGCUUCAUGGCCCAACAACCAAUAUGACUUGUUACAGUCUCCUUUCCUCAGCCCUUCUGCCCUUGACUAUAGAUGGGACACAUUUCAGAGGUUAUGUAAAAGAUAAAGAAAUUCUUCAUAUAAAUCAGCCAUAUUCUUUCUCACAGUGUAAGCAACAUUCUCCCAGACUUCUUUGCUUUAUUUCUCAUUGACUAACAACUUUUGGUGAAUUUGCUCAGUUUUUCAGUCUUUUAGCAUAUUUCUUUUAGCAUAUUAAUGCAGUUUCCUUUCUGUGAUCUUUUAAAAAGUUACUGCAAACUUGGAGUCAAUAGUGGAAGCCUAGAGAAUGCUCCUAUGAGAAUGACUUUCAAUCCGUAGUUGAAACCCCACUCCACCCCCCACUCAUUCUGGGGCAAAUACUAAGGCCUUUAUUCAGUAGCAGUGAUUUUGGUCUCCACUUUUCAGGGAAGGGAAUUUUCUGCCUCUGUAUCCAUUAUUUCCUCACCUGCCAUAAGACAAACUAUUAAUGCCACGUGACUUAGCAAUCGGAAUAGCUAGUCAGAAAUCUGUGAAAAUGGGUCUCACUAUAUGGCUUCUUAGAAAAUUGACAUAAGCCGUCUUCUGCCAAAGCUUCCUUCAUUGAAUCCUACCCACAUUGAAAGUUGUUCAGCCGCCAGAGCCAAGGGGCUACCUCUUGUUUCAUUUUGAAUUGUGGCAUCCUCUCUCAUUAUUCUCGUCCCCAUGUUUACAUCUUUCAGCCAUCUUCAUGGUCUUAGACCUUUAGAACUAAAGACGCUUCCAGGAAAAUAAGCAUUUUCAUACUCAACAAAAUCCAUUGCGAUUAACACUUUUCAAAAUAUUGUAUAUUGUUUCAUUAAAAUUAACAUUAAAUGUUUGCUUUUCCAAAUUUUGCUCUGUUCUAUUUUUGCACAAUUGUAGCACUGUAUAUUUUAUCUGAACUUUCUGUGCCAAAAAAGUUCAUUUUAUGUUUCCAUAGCAUAUGAUUGUGAUUAUAUCUCUAAAACAAAACAUCAGUUAAUGUAUCAAUAGGAAUGAAUGUGUAAAGUAUAGAAUUGAUGUUCUUUUUUUUUUUUUUUUUUUUGAAGACUUAAAAGCGAUGUGGGCUAAUAGUAGUAAGUUAUAUUCUUCCCAAUCUUAUUUAAAUAAAUAUGAUUUUGGCAGUUAUUUACCCUACAAUAAAUGCUUUGUUAUGGACAAAUGUCAGUCUCUGACAUCUCUAAAUUCUGACACAUGGGCUUAUUUUUUAAUAAUGCCAAAAUGGAAGUUUGGGAUUUGACCCAUAAACAUCUAAAAGGAACAACUUCCAACCAAUCCAAUCACGUUUAAAAUCAUUUUUUUUUAAAAAGCAAUAAUUAUAUAGAAUAACAAAUGAUUGCUCUACCAGCUUGUAUGAACAGUUAUUGUCUGAAAAAGUUAGCUUAGUAGUCUUUAAAGGUCCUGUACUUAAUCUUUUUAAUUGAUCUAGAUACUCAAGGAGAAGCACUAGAAUUUUAAUGUUAUUUUGUCAUGUUUGGAAAACCACUAUCUUGGUCAUAUCCAACCACCUUGGAGCAUGUUUUAUUUGUUUUUUCAUUAGUCCUAUUUCCUAUCUGCAUGAAAAGAAUGGAAAAUAUCAUUGCUCCAGGUUCAACUUGGAAAAAUUAAAUUAGAGAUGGGGCAUGAACAUGAAGCCCUCAGGAUAAUCAGGAUGACAUAUAGUCAAAAA